CUGGAAAACAUCUCUAUCAACUGGCUGGAUCGCCAUGGCAUGGGCCACUUCAGCGCUCACCCAGCUUGCCGGAGCAGUUGCAUUAGAACGACGCGGUAGAGGGGAAGGGAUUGAGGAAGGAUCUUUGACGGUGGACGGUCCGAAGCUUGCUGUUCAAACCAUACCUGGGCUGCAGUCCCAACUGGUGUGCCCAGGGGAUGUUGUUUCCGCAGAGCCCGGGGCUUUGCGUGGACGUGGUGUGGUUGAACGAGCAGAUGGCAAGUUGGUUGCGACAACCUGUGGCGUUGUGGAGCACGUGAACAAGCUUCUGUAUGUAAGGCCACUGAAGCAUCGCUACGCGGGCAGUGUCGGAGAUGUGGUUGUUGGACGGAUUGUCGAAGUUCAAACAGACCGUUGGGCUGUGGAGAUAGGCACGGCGCAGCUUGCAUACCUGCAUUUGGGUGCCAUUCAUUUGCCUGGCAACGUUCAGCGACGAAGAACAGAUGAAGAUACAUUGAGAAUAAGAGAGUUUUUCGACGAAAAUGAUCUCAUCUCUGCGGAAGUCCAAAAGGUUCAAGAGUCUGGUGAACUAGCCUUACAGACACGAAAUUCACGCUAUGGAAAGCUCCAGAAUGGUGUGCUGGCAUGCGUUCCUUCUGUCUAUGUCAGGCGUCAAGCCCAACAUUUAGUGAACUUGCCACGUGUUGGCGUGAUGGUGGUGCUCGGAAACAACGGUUGGGUUUGGGUUUGUGCGCCACCGAAGGUUGCAGGUUCUGGCCGCCAAGAAACCAUCAACUUCUCCCAGAUGGACGUGCGAUAUCAGAAGGUACAUCCGGACAUGAGAGAACGAAUUUCACGAGUUCGCAAUUCAGUGCUGUGCCUUGUGGGGUAUGGACUGGAAGUUACUCCCGAUAGCAUUACAUUCCUCUAUGAAAGGUCUCAAAAGCUGCAGCUCCAAGCAUGGGAGCUCUUGGACACUGCUCGUUGCGAAUCUGCUGGACUGGUGGAAUCGCUGGUAGCAGCCACCCAAAGCACUGAGCACUAGCGGCGACGGUGGUGACGCUGGGAUUCGAAUUUCAACACAAGCUCUGCGCGUCCAAAA